AUGCCCGAGAAUUAUCCCGUUCAAAAGUCCGCCAAUGAGUGGCGUGCGGUUCUCAGCCCUCAACAAUUCCGCAUCCUCCGCGAGAAGGGCACAGAACCUGCCGGCACUGGCAAGUUCGACAAGCACUACCCCUCCGCAGGCGUCUACACCUGCGCCGGGUGCCACGCACCCCUGUACAAGGCCUCGCACAAGUUCAACUCGGGCUGCGGCUGGCCGGCCUACUUCGACAGCAUUCCCGGGGCCGUGACGCGGCACGAGGAUCGCACCUUUGGCAUGACGCGGACCGAGAUCGUUUGCAGCAACUGCGGCGGACACCUGGGCCACGUCUUCAAGGGGGAAGGGUUCAAUACGCCGACGGACGAGCGUCAUUGUGUGAACAGUAUUUCUUUGUCAUUCAGUGAGGAGGAUUCGGCUGCUGAGAAGAAGGGGGACGGGGAGCGUAAGUGA